AAAAAAACGCACGUUUCUCACUCUUUUUAUUCUGUCUCUCUACACACAUUCGCUUUCUCUGCGCCCUCUUUAAUGUUUGUUCUUUAGCAGAUUAGCUUGGCAUUGAAAGCAACCUUGGUACUGGUCAUCCCUUUUUCUGUUUUUCUUUUUUUUUAUAUAUAUAUAUAAAUAAUUUAUUAUUUUUCGAAAUCCUUUUCCCUUUAAAGUGUGUUAUUUUACUGCUGCAAUUGAUUUUAUUAGAGAUAAAAAGGAGUAGUAUGCUCCACAGCUUCAGUCCACAUUAUUGAUUAUUGUAGAUUUUAUUAGGCUCAUUUCACGACAACCAUUGUCUUAUUUCGAUUUCCGUGCACAUUGUUAGCAAGACACACAGAGGGGAUUUGGUUUCUGGGUUUUUCUUAAUUUUUGUUUUAGUGUAUAUGUCUGAACUGAGACGAUUACGUCUGCAAUUUUUAGAUUCUGAAUCAUUGGCAUUCAGCCCUUUUUGUUGUUAGGGCUCUCAGUGUAGUCAAUGUGGAGUCUUUUAAUUGCGGUUGAUUAAAUUUGGUUGCUGGGUUCAUUUUGUUUGCUGUUUUGUUUGAAUGAAUUUAAGUCCCGCCACUUAGAAUCAGUCACUUAUGCUGCUUUCUUUUUUCCACCCAUAUUUUGGGUUGUCAUUGCUCUAAUCCAGUUUUAAUCUACUGCCCAGAAGCUGAUUUCUUGCGUUAUUGGAUGAAAAGUUCCUGUUUUUGUUAAAGGGCCCUCUUCAAAAAUCCUUUGCUUGAAGAUAUUUGGAAGUUUAGGUGGUGUAUUUCGUGUGUUUAUCAUAGGUUCUUCUUGAUCAUUGGCGGUUCUUGAAUUUGUAUUUUACAUCUUGGGUUUUGGUUUUUAAGUUUGUCCCCUUCAUUUCCGGGACCAGUGAUUUGUACUCCAGAAGCUCAGAAUGGGACCAAAAAAUGUAAAGGAAGCAUCACUACAAUUGGAGCUGAGUACAGAGUGAGGGUUUGGUUGAAUUAGUGUUCAUCAUUUUUGAAUUCCAAUUGUGAAUAUCAGUAGAAGAAUGGGGUUCGCCACCGCCAAUAUGAACUUGGGCGAUUCAAGAUCCAACAACAAGGUAAAGAAAGAUGAGGAGCUCGAUGCUGUACAGGCAGGGUGUUGGAUGAAGUUGAGAUUCUUGGGGAGUUGCAUGUCGCCGAGGCCCAAGGUUGAUAGCUCUGUCAGUGGCUCCAGCACACAGCUAGAAGAGAGCAAAUCGUCUAAUGACACGAGUAGAGAGCAGACUGUUGCUCCAGUUAUGUCAUCUUCUAGCACCAGUGAUGCAGAAAGUACUCCCUCCACUCCUAAAGUAACAGAAGAACUGAAAAUUGCUUCUCAGCUUCGGAAAUUCUCCUUUAAUGAGCUGAAGACAGCCACACGAAGUUUUAGAUCAGAUAAUCUACUUGGUGAGGGUGGCUUUGGUUGUGUUUAUAAAGGUUGGGUCAGCGAAAAUGGUUCAGCAUCGGUGAAACCUGGUUCAGGAAUUACAGUUGCAGUAAAGACCUUGAAUCAUGAUGGACUUCAGGGUCACAAAGAGUGGUUGGCUGAAGUAAAUUACCUCGGUGAUCUUCUCCAUCCCAAUCUGGUUAAAUUAAUUGGAUAUUGCAUUGAAGGUGAUCAAAGGUUGCUCGUUUAUGAGUUCAUGCCACGUGGAAGUUUGGAGAAUCACUUGUUCAGAAGAUCCUUACCUCUUCCGUGGUCUAUCAGACUCAAGAUUGCUCUAGGUGCUGCAAAAGGUCUAGCCUUCCUUCAUGAAGAAGCUGAAAGGCCUGUAAUUUAUCGAGAUUUUAAAUCAUCCAACAUCCUGUUAGACACGGAGUACAAUUCAAAGCUUUCUGAUUUUGGACUUGCCAAAGAUGGCCCUGAGGGAGACAAGACUCAUGUUUCCACGCGAGUAAUGGGAACCUAUGGCUAUGCCGCCCCUGAAUACGUAAUGACAGGACACCUUACAUCAAAAAGUGAUGUUUAUAGCUUUGGAGUGGUUUUGCUUGAAAUGCUCUCAGGUCGGAGGUCAAUGGAUAAAACAAGACCAAAUGGGGAACAUAAUUUGGUGGAAUGGGCCAGACCUUAUCUAAGGGACAGACGUAGAUUUUACCGGCUGAUAGAUCCCCGCCUUGAAGGGCGAUUUUCCAUCAGAGGUGCACAGAAGGCCAUUCAACUGGCUGCUCGUUGCCUCAGCCGUGAUGCAAAAGGCCGUCCUCUGAUGAGUGAAGUAGUUGAAAUCUUGAAACCGCUUCCAGACCUGAAGGACAUGGCUUGUUCCUCAUCAUACUUUUUGGCGCUGCAGGCGGAGCGUCCAAGUAGUAACUUAGCCAUUAGAAAUGGUGCUAAAGAGGAGGUUGCUUUGCUGGAGAGGAGUCAUUCAGUGCUGAACACCCCAAAUGGUCCACAAUUGGCCUCCCCCCGGCAAAACUUUAUUCUUCAAUCACCAAAACAUUAGUAGUCCUAUCUGCAGUUGCAAAAUACUAUUCUAUUCCUUCAUUGGUCCUUUUGUCAAGGCGAGAAAUCAUCGAAAAAGUCUGAAUUUUGAACUUCCCAAUGAGGAGUAAAGUUUCUGAAAUGGAUUCCAGGUUCAUGUUCUGAGUUUUGGAGUAUAAAACUGGAGGAAACCUCAUGAAGAGAGAUGCUCUUCUGGUGUACAGCAUGUGUUUUUCCAUGACUGAAGAUUUUGUAGGCAUUGGGUAGUUCUUUGUUGUCAUCUUUUUCUCCUCUCAUGGAAGUUUAUAUGUCAGAUUUUGCCGAAUAUCAGUUAUUUACAUGUUAAUGUGGAGUUUAUAGAUCUAAGUAGUAUAGUAGUAAUUCGCAAAAAAAAUAAAUAAAUAAAUAAAAUGCAACCCAAAUAUAGGACAUGAAAGUGUCAUGUCUAAUUUCGACUAGCGAUAAAAAUUUGUGACGCUCCAUCGUAUGAUCCCCUUUUCUUAAACUCAUUUAUGGGGAAUUUGAUAAAUUUUCUUGUUGCACUAUUGAGAACAGUGAGUAGGCAACUGAUGUGUGAACUGAAAAUGUCUUCAUGAGAUAAGUUUAGAUUAGUCAAAAGAGUUAAACAUGCUCUAAGCCUGGA